AUGCAAUCCGUCAUACCACCCUCCUUUAGCCUUCAUCUCAAGUCGGAGAUGAGCACUGAGUCUCAAAAACCGCUGCGGUUAACUCUUCUCCUGCCUCAACGAGGAGUCUUCCAGCAAAUCUACGACUCUGCGCCUCCGCGCCUCCUCCAGCAUGCCCAGUUCCCGUCCUACACCCAAGAGUCAACAAUACUUGACCUCCAUAUGACCCACUGGUUUCUUCGCGCUGCUUGGAGAAGAAGUGAAUUCGUCAACUUAGUGAGAACCAAACUGAGCGUAUUGAAAAGAUCUGAUAAGCUCCGAGCUGACUAUAUAUGUACGAAGCAGGAGCUAGUCCUAGUGGCCGGCUACCUUUGCCUCCUUGAGCUCCAUCCUCCGAAUUUGUGCAGUAAUGGGGCUGCGACACCUCUUGGGGAAGGCUUGGGAUACUGCCCGUUGGUCGGCCCGAGCACCCACAGACAACCAGAAGCGCUCACCAACAAACAUCUCCCACGCAAAGAGACCCUUUACCGACGAAAGAGAACACAGUGCUCUUGGGGGUUGCCAUCACUAGCCUACACGAACGCACAAUACCUGCAAACCCACAACCUUACACCUUCUCUCGCAUACUUAGCUGGCGCCUUCGUGUACGAAUCGCACCUUCCUAAAUACCAACAAUGUAAUAGCCUCGACCUUGUCGCCCAGUUUCCUCGCCCAGCCGAGUUAUCCUGCUUCCGUACCCACCCCAUAUUCGCCCUCCAAAUACGCAACCCACCAGCUCGACGCGAGAGAUGCCACCGUGGAGAUAAGGCAUUGGAUAACCUGGAAGAACUUCACUUCCACACCUACACCUAUGUUAGAGACAUCACAAAGGCAUGCUUCAUCCCAUGCCAACCUUGGAACAGCCUAAAUAACAAUGGUAAAGACAAGGGUGUAAAUGAAGACAAAGGAGAACUAACGGUUGUGGGAAAGCUGGACAAUUCCCAUACCGAUAGACGGUAUUCUCGCUUAGCUUCGAACAACACCGAUGCCACGGCUUCUAAACCUCCCGCCGGUAUUCCUCCUGGACUUGUGGUACUGGGACUAGAAACAUGCUCGCACAGAACUUCUUCAUUUCCUUUUAACUCUGGAUCGAAGACUGGGCGCCUCCUGCGCUGUGUGGCAAUCGCCGUUGGUGGUGGUGUUCCUUGGCCCGGCAUUCCCCGAAGCACUAGGUUGGAUGAUGAUAACGCAUUCGAGUUUUCGACGGUUUGUAGAUGUCGCUGUCGUAGCGGUAUCGCCAUCCAUAAACUCAGCCCAAUCGUGUUGUACCGUUGCUUUCUUGAGGCGACCUUGUUUCUUCUAGACUCCGUCAAGCUGUUUGAUUGUGGUUGUGGUUAUGGUUAUGGUUGUUGUUGUCUUCUUCGGUCGACCUCCUCGUUUCUUUGGAACACUCUUGACGCCAUCUCGAUCAAACUGCGCGGUUGCUCGGUUGCAUCCUCAACCCCAUUAAGCCGUCCGGUCGUUUUCAUCAUGCCGUCCAGUUGCCUCCCUUGGUCUACCAUUUCCUUGCCUCUCAGGAACUACCGGGCUGGGGCUAGGACUGGAGCUGGGGCUACCCUCACCGCGCCCUUCCAAAUGCCUUUGACAGAAUCUCAGAUGCUCUCGCCGCACAUGCACAACGCCCUCAUGUUUGUCCACCUGGUUUUCGAUCGUUGCAGCCAGAUCGACCUUGUCGCCGAUAUUUCUCCGCAAUCCCUAGCAGCUGCUCCAAAACCACCCCAGCUUUCUUUACCCUACGGCAUCUCAUCUGUAUUCUUAUUCGCAUAUAGUUCAACCCUGGCCCCAUCCUCGUCUCCUCCCCACCAAAUACUGUGGAUGUUUAACAGAACUCCGAUGCCCCAGAGCCGGUUGAUGUUGUACACAAAGUGCGAGGCUUUUGCGUAUUUUUCUUUUGGACCUCUGUGUUAUGGCUUGGCGAGAAGUAUGCAGGAAGCGGGUGCGGCAGUUGUUCACAGUAUCAGUAAGAAGGGCGGUGGUGUUGGUGGUGAGUUCGGAGGACAUUUUGAUGGCAUUGAGGUGGACUAUGCUGUGGUGUGGGGUGCGGCGGAGUGUCCGACCUUGGGACCAAAGGAAAUGGUUAAGGUGAAAGUUUGGACUGUAUUUGUAGCCCACGCAGGUUGUUUAAUACUGGAAUUGUUAACCUUGGGCGUAGUGUGGUUAUGGGGUAGCGGGUUUUCAAAACCGCUGGAGGUAGAGGUGGAGCGGAGGAGGUGGGAAGAUGAGGCACGCGUUCGGAGGAUACGGCACGAGGAAAUUAAAUUUGCUCAAACACUCUCGAAUCGGAUGGAUGCCUUGCAUGACUUGGAUAGUGAAGGUGAUAUAUUGGCCACUUCCGAGAUCACUACGACACUGCUAGAGAUGACUAUCCCAGUUUAUCUCAUUAAUGCAUGCCUCUAUUUUUCAAAGCAAUUACGAUCCGAGGGCUGUUUCAGUGCCUUUGAUUCGGAUAUCAUUACGAUGUCGAGGCAUACGGUAGAACGGGCAAAAUUCUUGACAGCCUCUUUCCGCUCAUCUCCUAGGCCUAGCUGCAAGGUUGAAAUCGAGGCUAAGAAUUUCCUUCCUCUUUAUUCCCGCCCCCCUUCUUUUGCUUGGAGAAGAAGCGAGAUUCUUAACUUAAAAAAGGAGCUGGUCCUAACGACCGUCCGUUAUCCUCUCAAUGAGAGCCACAAGAUAACCUAUCAGACUGGAAACUUAUCAAAAGCCUAUUAA